AUGGCUGAGGCCACGAUUGGUCGGCGUAUUCUUGGCGAAAUCGAGGAGGCGAGCCUUGAUGAGAUCUUAUCAAUCUUCCGCAAAAGUCUUAAUUCAACGACACGCGAUCAAGCGGCCCAAGGCGACUCCUCCCCUACAGCGGGUAUACCAACGGCCAGAGGCACGCAUGCUGGACCACCAGACCCAUCUCGGGGCAAGGUCAACACUUACCCUAUCCAGGAUCUCGACAGGCUGGUCGCACAGCAUUUCAGGGCGACCCAGUCCGCCCCUCUAUCCUUGUCCGGCAGAUACUUGCCACUGAUAUAUCUACUGGUCGCAACUCUCAUCGCAGCGCCUCACAACAAAGCCGUCGUUGUUGUCGACGUUGAGGGCCGUUUCGAUAUCACGCGAGUCACACAAUGCGUCCCUCACCAGGACGUUCCGGUUCCAACGUCUACAGACGCCGGUGACGACAAUGGUCACACCACGGAGAAACAUGACAAUGCGGAUCAAGGCCGCCAAAGCCGCACAAAGGAUCAGCCCAUGAUUGCACCAGCUCGAAAAGUCACACCAAACGAUCUCAAGCAUGUUCACGUCUACCGCCCGGCCCGCGGGUCAUCAUCUCACAUUCGUGAGGUUUUGUCAGCCGCCGAGAAUCAUAUGAUAUACUCAAGGCACGCCUCCAUCGCCCGCGAAUGGUGGGGAUCGAUUGUCAUCGGCGGCGGCAGUCCUGUGGUCCUCGGUCCUGACGCCGUGAGUGUAACUACCGGGUGGAGGGGCUGGUUACGUGUCGAUCGCGAAGAUGUCCGCGGGUUUGGUCUGGGAAUCAGCAUCGAGGAGGCCUUGUUGGACAGGGACAGACGGCAGCGCGCGGUCGACGACGCCGGGUGGACGGCAAACUGCAUCUGGGGAGGGUUCAACUUCAACGGAUAA